CACCGGGCGAACGAUGAGCGCGUCUGUUGUCCGUUGCGCCUCCGAAUCCCUACCGAAGAGUUCAUACUAGACACAAAGGAGACGCGAAACCAUGGAAGAUAUCGAGCAAAGCGCCCCUGUUGGCGCGCAGGACGGCGCGUCUACCGGAUCUGCGAGGCUUCAUGCCCGGCCAACGGUCACUGAUCUGAACGGGGAGAACCACUUUGCGCAGGUCGCGAAGAAGAAUUGGCUAGGCAGCUCGUCGAAGGCGCCUAGGGUCAGACCUGAAGUGGUCAAGAAAGAGUUAUGGGACGAGUUGGAACAGAUCGACUUUACGUACGCUUCGUUACUUGCAUUGGAGAAUCUGCAGCUGUUGGAGAAGUAUCUUUGGCCUGGGUUCACGGAGGACGCGUCGAAUUAUCAUCACCUACUUCUGGCCCUUAUGAUCAAUGUCAAGAGGAGGGAAAACUUGACUUCAUGGGAUCACUUCUCUUCAAAGCCAGCCGAGUUCUCUGCCUUCUUCCGUCGCAUCCUAUCUAUGACCGUCGAUUCGUCUCAGCCUACAAAGAUCCGAACCCAACUUCUAUCCUUCGUCAUCGGCGCAUUCCAAUCCUUGGACAGUGGUCUUGUGCGCAAAGAAUGCGCCCCGCUGGUGUCAAUCUCAAUAUGGCAGAACCUGCACGCGGACGCAGCACGAGAACAACUAUUUGAGAAGAGUCCGAUGCUCAAGAAGGCAUGGCGAGCAGCAUCUAAGCGUUUCGAUGCAGGCGACGAGGCUUUACAAGGCAGGCUCCGGUUUGAGCGAUCAUGGUUAUACACUCUCAUCCUGGAUUUCCUGGACCGCCUUUACAAUAGCACUACGAAGGACGAAAUCAAGGAUAAUCUGGCCUAUUCAGAGCGAUUCAUCGAGCUUUUGACGGACUUGCAGAGCCAACUGCCCACAAGGAGAUACGUUAACUCGUUGAUCAAGGACCUGAACUUGCUAUCGGCUAUUCGAUUGUCGCCCAUAUAUACCGACGAGGAUCAUGGGCUAUUCAGGGAUCUAUUCCACCUUUUCAGCCACUUCACAUACUUCCCGAUCGAGGACCAGACUGGACGACAACUCACAAAACUGGAGUACGACCAGGAACACUACGAUUCAUUGACAAAAUUGCAACGAGUUGGGUUCGCAACAUUUGAGGAAAAGCUACAGCUUCUGGUAUUGGCAAACUUCGGCAGUAUUGGCAACAGGGAGGAGCUGAGUGGACAUCUGCAGACGCUCGACGAUGAUGAGCUCAUCCAGCUAUGCACGUUGAUGGGCUUGCGAACAGAGUACCCUUCAUCUACCUUCUUAGUUCGCGACCGCGCUUUCUACUUGGAGGCUCUAAUUUCUGUCGUCGAACAGCGACCCACGUUCAAGGACAUUGUCCGAGAGAUGCGCGUGCUGCCAACAGAACGGAUCCUAUACGAGUCGACUUUCCUACGGAACGAGUCUUACAACGGCACAAGCCCGCUCGCGAUACCCAAACUCAACCUACAGUAUCUCACGAUGGGCGAUUUCCUUUGGAGGUCGUUCAUUCUGUACCGCUGUGAGACAUUCUAUGGCAUUCGCAAAGAUAUGGAGGAUGUGGUCAAACGGGUUCAACCGCGCGGGAUCGGAGCAAGCACCAAGUUCAACGGCUUCUCAAGGAUGUCUAUUCCCAUCUCCAAGCCCGCCAUUAUAGAUGUAGGCAUGGAGCUCGUUGGUGAAGAUCACCCAUCUCGUGUUCGCGCAGAGGUCAUUCUGGAUGUGAGCCGUCUUCAAUUUCCGGUUCGACGGGAAUGGGAAUCACUUAGGCCCGAUGACGUUGUCUUCCUCCUUGUUGUGGAAGGUUCGGACGACACGUCGAUGCGGAAUGGUCAUAGUCAUAAGAAUUCUGGAGAGGAGCUAGGCCUGCGGACGUUGCGAUGUGCUGAGGUCGUUCAAGUGCUGGACGACAACGGCAAACCUCUCCGCGAGCAGAGCCACCAAGACGGAAACCGCUCUCGAGCACGGCAACGCAGACUCAUACUCAACAUCGACGCCAAGCAAUACAAGGAGGACAUGGAUCGCGUAGCGCAAGGAAGACCAAAUGUUUACGAGAACAUCAACCUGAUUGUUCGCCGACGUGGGCGGGAGAAUAACUUCCGGCCCAUCCUCGAAUCCAUCAAGCGCCUUACGCUCUCGGACAUCCCAGCACCAUCAUGGCUCCAGGAAGUUUUCCUAGGCUAUGGCGAUCCCUCGUCUGCAAACUAUACCCGACUCCCUAACCGACUGCAAUCAAUAGACUUCCGCGAUACCUUUUUGGACUGGCAGCACCUAAUCGAGUCAUGGCCAGGCAAAUCUAUCGAACCGCAUGAAGAAGCUCAAUCAUCUUUUGGGCCUCCAUACAUAGUCGAGUUCCCCGCAGCUGAACCAGAGGCCCCUCCUGCAAGACCAUCGAAGAAGCGGCGUCGUGAUCAGGUCGAGGUUGCACAACCUGUGCAUGAAUCUCUGCAUGUGUCGACAUACAAACCCCCCAACACAGGCCCUUACCCUGCAGAUGCUCCUAAGCUAAAUAGUGUGCGGUUUACCCCUGCUCAAGUUGAAGCGAUCAGUUCUGGGACGCAGCCUGGUCUGACGGUGGUAGUCGGCCCACCGGGUACCGGAAAGACGGACGUUGCGACCCAAAUUAUAUCUAAUAUAUACCACAACUUUCCGGAACAGCGGACAUUGCUCAUUGCGCACAGCAACCAGGCGCUCAACCAGCUCUUCCAGAAGAUCGUCGCCCUCGAUAUUGACGAGCGACAUCUCCUGCGUUUGGGUCAUGGAGAAGAGGAGCUGGAGACUGAAGCAAGCUAUAGUAAACAUGGCCGUGUAGAGUCCUUCCUCGAAAGGGGAUCUUACUAUUUGUCCGAAGUAGACCGUCUGGCAAAGAGUCUUGGUGCUCCAGGUGCUCAUGGACAGUCAUGCGAAACAGCGGGUUAUUUCAAUCUUGUCUAUGUUAAACCACGAUGGACAAGAUACUGGGACGAUGCCCAGUCCGAAGAGUCUACCAAGGAACAAAUCGUCCAGGAGUUCCCAUUCCAAGAUUACUUCUCUACGGCGCCUCAGCCUUUGUUUCCCCCAGAUGCGUCACAGGAAGAAGUGUUGGACAUUGCCCACGGCUGCUAUCACCAUGUUGAGAAAAUCUUCACUGAACUCGAGGACAUUCGUCCAUUCGAGAUCCUGCGAAACCCGCGGGAUAAGGCUAACUACCUGUUGAUCAAGGAGGCUCGCAUCAUUGCAAUGACAUCGACACACGCUGCUAUGCGACGACAGGAGAUCGCAUCGUUAGGUUUCCACUAUGACAAUGUUGUCAUGGAGGAAGCUGCGCAGAUCACAGAGAUUGAGAACUUCAUCCCUCUUGCGCUGCAGAACCCACAAAAUGGCGAAUUGCCCUUGCAGCGCAUUGUCCUAUGUGGUGAUCACCUCCAGAACUCGCCCAUCAUCCAGAAUCUGGCCUUCAGACAGUAUGCUAACCUUGAGCAAUCGCUCUUCUUGCGUCUUGUCCGCCUUGGUGUGCCAACCAUCAUGCUCGACCAACAGGGUCGUGCCCGCCCUUCCAUUGCAGAGCUGUACAAGUGGCGCUACCCGAAACUCGGCAACCUGCCAUCUACAAAGACGAACCCCGAAUACACGAUCGCAAACGCUGGUUUCAGGUAUGACUACCAGUUCAUCAACGUGCCCGACUACAAAGGUAAAGGCGAGAUGGAGCCAACGCCCCACUUCAUCCAGAACUUGGGCGAGGCAGAGUACGCAGUUGCACUGUUCAUGUACAUGCGACUACUCGGCUACCCAGCCAGCAAGAUCAGUAUCCUGACCACGUACGCGGGACAAAGAGCGCUCAUCAAGGAUGUACUCGACCACCGAUGCAAGGGAAACAGGAUGUUCGGGCUGCCACGCAUAGUCGCAACGGUCGACAAGUACCAGGGCGAACAAAACGACUACAUAAUCCUCUCCCUCGUUCGCACCCGCAGCAUAGGCUACCUCCGCGACAUCCGCCGCCUGACCGUCGCGCUGUCCCGCGCCCGCCUGGGCCUGUACAUCCUAGGCCGCCGCGACGUCUUCGAGUCGUGCUUCGAGCUCAAGCCCGCCUUCGACGUCCUCCUCUCCAAGCCCGACUCCCUCACCCUCGUCAUGGACGAGAUGUUCGGCGAGACGUCCCGCACUGUCGACCAGCAGGUCCCUGAGGGCGGCGAGGCCGUCAUGCAGGGUGUCGAGCACUUGGGCAAGUACGUGUUCGAGAUGACCAAGGCGAAGGUCGAGGCGAUGAAGGCUAAUGGUGGAGUCUUGCCGCCUUCUGCGGCGCAGGAGGAGUCGGUGAUGGAUGUCGAUGGCGAUGAGGAUGCGGAUCGUGAGGAUAAGGUCUUGGUGGAUGCCGGUGCUGGUGACGAUGACGAGGAUUUGGGACCUGAGGAAGACGGUGCGUAAACGGGACGAGUGAGCCACUGCAGUGGUUCCAACCUUUUAAAAGUAAUAGGAGAACCCCCUUCGGAGUGUGUCACUUGUUGGAUGGGGAUUGUAAGCAUAUUUGUCGCGUUGAACUCAUCUUGGGGACACGAAUGGUUUCAAUAUUUAGAGUGCAUAAUCGGGGUGUUCAAGACUUGUAUGUUUUAUUUUAACAAUUAUCUGUAAAAGAAAGAUACCAAAACCUUAUUUCAGAAAAGAG